CGCGGCAGCCUGCGAGCUUCAUCUCUCUGCAUCCUCACGCCUCCGUCGCAUUCUACUGGCUAGCUACCACUGCUUAGCUCUCUUCGCAUGAAGAAGCAGAGAUAUUAACACGUAUUGUCUUUCAUUCAUCGAUUUGGGCUCUCGGCCGUCCAUUCUGAAGCAGCUUUGUCUCGUUCCCAACGCAGCGUCAUUCCUAACCCUCGAUUGCUUCUACCUCGACUUUGUGUCGUUCCCAAGCGACUUCGCCGACCAAUAUACACUCGUGUGCCCAAUACUGCUAUAAAGUUAUAUUACCACGUCGUUGUGAUCCAAGAACGUGGUGAAUUGUCGCCUCGGCCAGUGGUUUAGCCACUGCGCAUUCGUCCCGACCUUUGCUUCCGUGAAGCACCAAACGCGCGAUGCGGUGUUCCGGAGGCGGAUGGCAGCUUAUAACGGCAGGGCUGCUGUCUAUUCUGACCGGGGCAGCGUUGGCAGGUCCUGAUCUGACAACGAAACAUGAGAAAGGCAGAUGCGCGAUACGCGGACACUGUGGCAAAAAGAGCUUCUUUGGAGGACAGCUACCUUGCCCGGAUAACGGACUGGCGAAGACCCCGGAUGAGGAUUUAAGGAAGAAACUCGUCAACAUUUGUGGCGAGAGCUGGUCAGACUCGGAUGUCUGCUGUAACGAGGAACAGAUCGAUGCACUCUCGUCGAACCUCCAGCGAGUGACACCAAUCAUCAACGCGUGUCCAGCUUGCAAAGCCAACUUUUUCAACCUGUUCUGUACAUUCACCUGCUCUCCAGAUCAAUCUUUAUUCGUUAACGUUACCGAUACGGCACCGAAGGGUGACAAUUACCUUGCUACCGAGCUAGACCAUCUCGUUUCCAAUGCAUACGGGUCUCAAUUCUACGACAGUUGCAAAGAUGUCAAGUUUGGUGCGACCAACGGAAAGGCUAUGGAUUUCAUCGGAGGCGGCGCAAAGAAUUAUACAGAGUUUCUCAAGUUCUUAGGAGACCAAAAGGCACUUGGCAGCCCUUUCCAGAUGGAUUUCCCACGACCGGAAGAUGAUAAGUUUCCAGGGCUUGAGCCAAUGGACAAGGAGGCGCAUCCCUGUAAUUCCACCGACGAGAGGUACCGUUGCGCGUGUCUCGAUUGCGGAGGUUCUUGCGCAGAACUCCCCGAGGUGAGCGCAACGAAAGAAUGCCGUGUUGGACUUUUGCCCUGCUUGUCAUUUGCCGUAAUUCUCAUCUACUCAAUCCUACUUGGCUUGUUGUGCAUUGCAGUAGCGGGCCAUGUUGCCUAUCAGAACCACUCGAAGCAUAAGCAUGAAAGGCUGCGGCUUUUGCACGACAUCGAACCUAGCGACGAUGAAGACGAGGGAGACAUUGUGCACAACGUGGGUAUGCUGGAUCGACCCACCAAGCAUUACUUUGUGAAUACCUGGUGCGAUCGCAUAUUCAGCAGACUUGGAUAUGUUUGUGCGAAAUUUCCGGCGAUAACCAUUGUCUCCAGUGUAUUGGUCGUCAUCCUGAUGAGUUUAGGAUGGCUUAGGUUUCAAGUGGAGACUGACCCAGUUCGUCUUUGGGUGUCGCCAGACUCCGCCGCUGCUCAAGAGAAAGUCUUCUUUGACGAAAAGUUCGGUCCCUUCUUCCGAGCGGAGCAGGUCUUCCUUGUUAAUGAGACUGGCCCUGUCCUGAGCUACGACACACUACAGUGGUGGUUCGAUAUUGAGAGCCAAGUCCGUCGCCACAAAUCCUUCCGUCAAGGUGUUACUUUGGACGAGGUGUGUUUUAAGCCUGUCGGCGACGACUGUGUUGUGCAGUCCGUUACGGGCUACUUCCAAAGCGAUUUCAACGAAGUCGACCCUUCAGCUUGGGAUGAGCAACUCUUGGGCUGCACCGACAACCCAUCCUCGUGUCUGCCAACUUUCCAACAGCCCCUCGAUCCGCGCUUGUUGUUCGGCGGCGUAGACAAAAAUGUGCUCGACGCGAAUGCCCUUGUCAUCACUUGGGUCGUGAAUAACCACCCUGAAGGAACUCCCGAGCUUGAGCGUGCCAUGGACUGGGAGGACAGCAUCAAGUACAUGUUGCAAAUAUACCAAGAUCAAGCACAGAAACGCGGACUCCGACUCAGCUUCAACACAGAGGUCAGCCUCGAACAAGAACUGAACAAGAGCACAAACACCGAUGCGAAGAUAGUGGUGGUCAGUUACAUCAUUAUGUUCUUGUACGCAUCGCUGGCGUUGGGCUCAACGACCCUCACUGUUCAAUCACUACUACGCAACCCCGCCAAUGCUCUCGUACAAUCCAAGUUUAUGCUAGGUAUCGUGGGUAUUUUGAUCGUGCUUAUGUCGGUAUCAGCUUCUGUUGGACUUUUCUCUGCCGCGGGCAUCAAAGUGACUCUGAUCAUUGCUGAAGUCAUUCCAUUUCUCGUCCUAGCGGUUGGUGUGGACAACAUUUUCCUCAUUGUCCAUGAGUUCGAACGAGUCAACAUCAGUCAUCCGGAAGGUUCCGUGCCUGAACGCGUUUCUAGAGCGCUCGGCCGCAUGGGACCCUCCAUUUUGCUGUCUGCGACUACCGAGACUGUCGCCUUUUCUCUCGGAUGUGCCGUAGGCAUGCCAGCGGUCCGGAAUUUCGCUGCGUAUGCUGCUGGUGCUGUGUUCAUCAACGCUGUUCUGCAGGUCACCAUGUUCAUCGCUGUUCUCUCCCUCAAUCAAUACCGCGUGGAGGCCAAUCGUGCAGAUUGCUUCCCUUGUGCGAAAGUUCCGCGGGCUGAUUCGGGAUAUCUCAAUGGCGGCAUUGGACAUGGAACUGGUGAGGAGGGUGGACUUCAACGAUUCAUCCGAAAGACGUAUGCUCCCGCACUUCUGGGUAAGAAGACCAAAGUUGGAAUCAUUGCAGUCUUCUUUGGCAUAUUCACCGCUGCGGUGGCGCUUUUCCCCAGCGUCGAACUAGGACUUGACCAGAGAAUUGCGAUACCGAGCGACUCAUACUUGAUCCCCUAUUUCAACGAUCUGUAUGACUACUUCGACGCUGGCCCCCCUGUGUACUUCAUCACUAAAGAGCUCAACGUCACCCGUAGGGAAGAGCAAAAGGAACUGUGUGGUAGAUUUUCCACCUGCCACCAAGAGAGUCUUGCCAACAUUAUCGAGGCUGAGAGGAAGAGGCCCGAGGUGUCCUACCUCACAGCAUCUGCCGCUAAUUGGGUUGAUGACUUCUUCCUCUGGCUUAGUCCUGAUAAUGAGAAGUGUUGCCUCGAUGAAAAAAACCAGCCUUGCUUCAAAGGUCGCGAUCCGCCAUGGAAUAUUACUCUGUCUGGAAUGCCAGAAGGCCAGGAAUUCAUUGAUUAUCUUAGCCGCUGGAUCAAGGCUCCCACGACGGAAGACUGCCCACUAGGAGGUGCAGCUGCGUACUCAGACGCCCUCGUCAUAGAUGAGAAACAACUCACCAUUCCCGCUUCCCAUUUCCGGACGUUCCAUACACCAUUGCGCUCGCAGAAGGACUUCAUUGCUGCGUACACUGCAGCUCGCCGGAUAUCGAAACAGAUAUCGAAGGACGUUGAUACGGAGGUGUUCCCUUACUCCAAAUUCUACAUCUUCUUCGAUCAGUAUACAUCAAUCGUCCGCCUCACUGGCGCUCUUCUGGGCUCCGCUCUUGGGGCAACACUGGUAGUCACUACCAUUCUCCUUGGCUCCAUCCAGACCGCGGUUGUGGUGACACUUGUGGUUGCCAUGACCAUUGCUUCAAUCAUUGGAUCGAUGGCCAUACUCGGGGUUUCCCUGAACGCAGUGUCACUGGUCAACUUGAUCAUUUGCGUGGGCAUCAGCGUCGAAUUCACCGCCCACAUUGCCCGCGCCUACACGUUCCCGAGUCGUGCCACCAUGGAGCGUGCGCCGCGACACCGAUUCCGUGGACGGGAUGCGCGGGCAUGGACCGCGAUGGUCAACGUCGCAAGUUCUGUCAUCUCGGGCAUUACGAUUACCAAGAUUCUUGGAGUGGGAGUACUAGCUUUCACGCGCAGCAAGAUUUUCGAGAUCUACUACUUCCGAGUCUGGGUGGCGCUGGUAGUGUGGGCAGCCACGCACUCUCUCGUCCUGCUACCAGUGCUUCUAAGUCUGGUGGGAGGAAAGGGAUACGUUGAUCCCGAGAGUGACGGGGGGUUGGAGCAGGACCUGAGGAGCAGACAGUAUCCUGCGUUAUUGGGCGACGACGAGGAAGAGUACGAUAGCGACUACUAAGCAUUUAACGGUUACCUGGGGAGGGGGUGGUUUGGUAUGGUACUCCGACCCUGGGGCAGCUCCGGUUUCGGUGUCGGAGUCGAUUUCGGAGGGCCACCCCGUCUGUGUUAUUGUUGUAAUAGUAUCCUUGGCAUAGAAAUUGAAUAAGUUCCAC